GAAAGAUAAUAGUGUAGCUGCUAUUUCGGUCAAAGUAACAAAAGCACCUGUCAGACAAAAGACCUUCUUAAAGGCCAUGUGAGAUUAUAUUUCUAGAUAACAACUAGUCUUACACUCACACAAGUCAUCAUACAUUUUACAGUCAAUAACAUCUGUUUAUAGUGGUUCUCUGUGCUAUUGAUGGACUUUUUUGCCCACAGAGUUCUCUUGGAAGAAGAGAAGAAAGGAUUUCAAUGAUAUCAACUUAAGAACUAUUGGCACCACAGUGAAGUCCAAGUUUGGCAGAGACAUAACUGGAUUACAAAAGUGAAAAUUAAAACCCUGCAACCCACUCCGGACCAGAUCCGGAGUGAUGAUGUUUUUUGACUGACUUCUACAAGCCUGCAGCGAUCAACAAUGUUCACCCCCAGUAAAAACAGUCUCCCAUCCCCCAGCCUGGAGGACUCCUUCUUCCCUCUCUCCUCAUCCUCUUCAGUCUCACUCUCCUUUGCUCUCCCCUUAUCCACAUCCUCUCCUGGCAGCAGUGACAGCGGAGGAGGGAUCGAGACGGAUCUGAUUCUAGCUGCAGAGCUGGGACAGGCUUUACUGGAGAAGAAUGAGGAGCUGGCAGCCUCUCUGGAGCAAAGAGAGAGGGAGCAGGAGGCUUUACAGCAGGAGAAGCAUGUUCUGCACAGGAAGCUGGAGAUGAAUGAACUUGACUCCGGGCAGAGAGAGGCAGAGCUGAUGACAGAUUUAGCAGCAUUGAGGGCUGAGCUGGAGCGACAUCACAGCCAUGGGCGGGACCGGCGGAGAGAUGAGAGCGAACAGCUGACUCAAUUAUCCAACCAUAACCAACGCUUGGUGGAGCAGCUAGCAGAGGCUGUAACACUGGAACACUCCUUGAGGAUUGAGCUUCGUUCGCUGAGAGAAGAGAUGGAUGAAUCAUCUUUCAGCAGAAAUAUCAACUCUUCACAAUUGGGAAACAUUCAAGCAGAGAACAGAGUGUUGCUGGAGCGGCUGUCGUACAUGGAGGCACAAAUAAAAGCUUCACAGGAGGACAGUGACAGACUCCGCAUGGAGAGAGACAGACUGAGAGACAGACUGUCAGAGACACAAACGAAGCUGAGAGAGAAAGAAGCAGAGGUAAAAGAGGCUCUUCUAGCUCACUCCACAGUCCUGCAAACAAGAGAUGAAGAGAUACAAGCGCUCACAGAGGAGCUGCAAUCUCAAAAAGAAGAGCUGGAGUCUUUGAGGCAGGAAAUCAAGCCAUUCAGGAGCAGUCCUGAAAAGCCAAACUACAGUUGCUUAGAGACCGAAUUGGCCACUGUGCGUCAGGAGAGAGAAUCACUUACGCAGCAGCUUCUCAACACUAUCAAACACAAAGUGGCGCUAUCGCAAGAGCUGGAAGUCUGGCAGGAGGACAUGCGGUUAGUGAUCAAUCAACAGGUGCAGGAAAGGGAGGAGGAGAGACAGAGGGAAAAAGACAGAGAAAGACAAACAAACAAGGCAGUGGGACUCCAAAGAAGCAAGUCUUUGAGACUGAAGGGAGAAGGAGGGAAAGGAUUCUUCUCCUUUUUCAAAGACAAAUGACAGAGAAGUGGCAGCUGCCUUUAUCUUUGUCACUGGGAGCGUCUGCAGCAAGAUAAUGUACACUGUAAUGUGUUAUCACCAAGUGAAAUGUUUACAGACCUCAUAUUUUAAUAUAUUUGUAUUUAUGUAUGUACAGUAUAUUAGUCAUUUUAGA